ACAAUGCCGUUCCCCAGAGAGUGAAUGAUUUUCCUGGCUCCUUCUAGAAUUCUACGCGAACGUUCUAUAGUUUCAGUGUUCUUAAAAUUGUUUAAUGGCAGAAAAGUCCCUGAGGGUAAUUGUUGCGUCAUGUUAUAGAACCUUUUUCGAAAACGUUCUAAUCACAUAUCUGUGAUCGUACUCCCAGGGGCCCAGCUGCAUCUCAUUACAUAUUUGUGACCGUACUCCUCAACAGGUUAAAAGUAGGUGCGCUUGUUCCAUGGUGGAUUGCUAUUAUAAUGGCAGAUUUGCCAGGCGCACGCACGCCAGGAGCGGUUCACAGCUGAGGAGACCGACAUUCUCGUCGGGGCCGUAAAAGACAGAGAAAUGGCAUUGUAUAGGGAUGGGAGAAACCCACCCAAAUUAGCUUUGGUUAAACAGGCGUGGGAGGAAAUUGCCACAAUUGUUUCUACGGCUGGCAUCCCCAGGACAUCGCACCAGUGCCGCAAGCGCUACAACAACGUCAGAAGACAGAAGACAAGCUUGCUGGCAACCAUCGGACAGGCCGUAUAACUGGAGGUGGAUAUACUUCUACUCAGGACCUGACGCCAGCAGAGGACAUCGCUGCGUUCACCAUCACCACUGAAAGCAUGGGAUUUGGGGGCUUGGAAAUCGAUACACUAGCUGUCCAACCCCAAGUUUUGCAAGAAGAAGACCCUGGCUUCGAUAGCAAUGUGCACAGGCAGAGCAGUGCACAAGGGCCAGCUGAGGAGGGAGCAGCGCAAACACAAAGGUGCCGAGGAUCAAGACCCACUACACACCUUGGCAGCAUCGUCAGACCGGAGGACCACCCGUUCCAGCAGCUCCAGCGGGACAUGGGUACAGCGGGAGCUGUCUGGAAUGCGGCAAAGUAUUAAUGACUGUCUUGACCGGGUGGCGAUGUUGCUGCGGCGUCUCAGGCGCAUCCCCUCAAAUCUGGAGAGGAUUGCUGCAGCCAUGGUGCGUGGGCCUCCAAACGCACCACCUGCUCCUGUUGUGCCACUUCCUCCUCCUGUUGUAACCGUUCCUCCUCCUGUUAUGCCUCUUCCUCCUCCCCCCAGUCCAUCUCCGUCCACCUGCUCCACCAGGAGCACAUCGCGCAUUGCCAGGACCCUCACGUGUCCAAUCCCGCCGUAGCG